GUGGAGGAGAGAGACUCUUAGCACGAAGGAACAGGGACUAAUUUGGAAUGGAGGGUUCUAAUGGAGGAGGAGUGGUGAAGCACAUAUUGCUGGCCAAGUUCAAAGAUGGAAUUCCAGCAGACCAAAUCAACCAACUGAUUAAGCAAUAUGCUAAUCUUGUCAAUCUCAUUGAACCCAUGAAAUCUUUUCAUUGGGGUGAGAAUGUGAGCAUAGAGAACUUCCACCAAGGUUUCACUCAUGUUUUUGAGUCAACGUUCGACAGUACAGAUGGUAUUGCAGAGUAUAUAGAUCAUCCGGCUCAUGUUGAAUAUGCAAAUACAUUGCUUCCUCAGCUGGAGAAAGUCCUUGUCAUCGACUACAAACCAGAGAAAGUCAGUCCCUGAACUGGAUUCACCAAUGGAUGCACUUAGUGAAAGGCAUAUCAGUUUUACUUUGCUAUGCUGAAAUCCAAUAAGAAUGACAAACUUUUCUAAAGGGUCUGUGUCUUGCUUGUUUGAAACUAUUGUAUUACUUGUUAGCUGCUAAAAAUAGUAACUUAUGGUCAGCUUGAACUGUUUAAACUUAUAUUGUUAUUACAAUCUCGAGGGAGAAUGCUCCUCUUUCUUCU